CCUACUAUUGCAAUAGCUUGUUCCAAAUGCUGCGAUUCACUGCACCAAAGCUCGCAUCGACGAUUUCACUCGCGCUCCGCCGCGGCUAUCCUGCCGGCGCUCAGUUCAUUGCGCAGGUGAACGCGGCCAAGAGCAAGGUCAAGGAAGUCACGAUCGACCAGUUCAACGCCGACCAGAAGAAGGCCAUUGCUGCAGGCGCAAAGCCCUCGCUGCUGAUCGACGUGCGCGAGGACGCUGAAUGGACUGCCUCGCGCAUCCCCGGCGCCAUCCACCUUGGCAAGGGCAUUAUUGAGCGUGACAUCGAGGCGACUGUUCCGGAUACCAAGGCCAACCUUGUUCUCUACUGCGGCGGCGGUUUCCGCUCGGCGUUGGCUGCAAAGGCUCUUCAGGACAUGGGUUACACCUCCGUCUCUUCCUUGAUUGGUGGCAUUGGCGAGUGGAGGUCCAAGGGUCUGCCUCUCGACAACAGCCCUGGGAACAAGUAAAGAUCGCACCAUUGCUGUUUUUUUUUUUUUUGCAGUCUGUGUUGCGAGUGUACGCCAUGCAUACGCGGUCCUGGUUUGAAUAAAGCACGCAAAGA